AACGACGGAGUUCCCAGCGUGCCUCGCGGCGGCGGGCUCAUGGCGCGGUGGCGGGGGCACAGUCUCUUGCUGCUAGUGCUCUGGACGCUGACGGCUCCCGCCCGGCCCGGCCCCGGAGAAGAGGGCGAUGGAGGGUGGCAGCGGCGCGGAGCCGCCCCGGCGGCGGCGGCGGCGGCGGAAGAGGAGCGCUGCACCGUGGAGCGCAGGGCCGACCUCAGCUACGCGGAGUUCGUUCAGCACUACGCCUUCUCCAGACCUGUCAUUCUGCAGGGACUCACAGACAACUCAAGGUUCCGGGCUCUGUGCUCCCGCAAAAGGCUGCUGGCAUCAUUUGGGGACAACGUGAUUCGGCUGAGCACUGCCAACACCUACUCCUACCAGAAAGUGGACCUGCUCUUCCAGGAGUAUGUGGAGCAGCUGCACCCCCAGGACCCCACCUCCCUAGGCAAUAACACUCUGUACUUCUUUGGGGACAACAACUUCACUGAAUGGGCAUCACUUUUUCGGCAUUACGUCCCACCCCCAUUUGGUCUGCUGGGUACCACUCCUGCUUACAGCUUUGGGAUCGCAGGAACUGGCUCUGGGGUGCCCUUCCACUGGCACGGGCCUGGGUUCUCAGAAGUGAUCUACGGACGAAAGCGCUGGUUCCUAUAUCCUCCUGAGAAGACACCGGAGUUCCACCCCAAUAAGACCACUCUGGCCUGGCUCCAGGACACCUACCCAGCCCUGGCACCAUCUGCACGGCCCUUGGAGUGCACCAUCCAGGCUGGUGAGGUUCUGUAUUUCCCUGACCGAUGGUGGCAUGCCACACUCAACCUUGACACCAGUGUUUUCAUCUCUACCUUCCUCAGCUAGCCAGAGCGGGCAGCUGACGAGCCCAGUCUCACACCAGCACACAUCCCUAUACUGCUCACAGGUUUUAUUACAAGGAUAGUAGUGGCAGCAGCCUCAGCCAAAACCACCAUAGCCUGCUGUUUCAGGCUAAGAAGGGAAAUGGGGGAGAGGGAGUGGGAGGGCUCAUGGCCUACCAGCAGAACUGAUAGAAGAUGGGAUGGGGACACCAGAGUAGGGGUCCAGGGACACAAACUAUAUACAGGAGCGGAGGGGGGGUACUGCCCCAAGGCCCUCCGGGGCCAGGGUGCCAGGCGAGGUGGGAGGGGUUGCCCUCCCACUUGCUGUGCCUCAGUAGUCCUCCACCCAGCCAUUCUCAGAGAUGAAUGCAUCGAUGACCUCUUUCAUGGCCAGGUUGGGGAUGAGCUGUUCCUGGGUCAGAGGGCUCCGGGUCACAGGGUCAAAGUGGCCCACACGCUGCAGUGACAACAGAGUCAGAAAGUGUUUGGUGGGCUGGGGCCCUGCCCCCAGCACCCAUAGGCCCUCACCUGCAGGUGCUCCUCAAUGUCCUUACGGUCAUAGGUGAUGCCACUGGGUGUGAUGCACGGCUCCCGCAUCAGCUCAAAGCUGAUUUUGCCACACAGAUAGUCAGGGAUGUCUCGCUUCUGCAUCACAAAGGUCAGGGAUCAGGAAGGGGACGCUACUACAGAUCCUGCUACCUACAGGCCCUAGAGAACAGCCAACUCACCUUUCUCUUCUCAUCCACCUGGGAGAAGAGGUCAUCCAUGUCUGCUAAGUACUUGUCCUGCAAAUAACCAAGCAGCCAUGCAUGGGCCAGACUUCCCGUCUCCCUUCCCCAGACACAGACACACACAGGAGCCAGGGGCACCCUCACAGAAUGUGCACACAAACACAAGACCCACACGUGGGCCGGGGCACCCUCACGUGCUUGGCCUCGAUGCAGGCCUGCUGGGCCCGGACGUGGCCAUCAUCCUCAUCACCCUCAUGGUUCCGCUGACACUCUUCCAGCUCCCUGGGGGUUGACCAGGAGCUGGUCAGAGACAGAUCUGGCCAGGAAAGGUCAGACUCCACCCCAACCUCAGGCUUGUUCAGGCCUGCUCCCCCUCUGUCUUCUGUUCACCAGGGUUAGCCUUCAAUAAACACUUGUGUUCAUGACUUA